UAAAAAAAAACCCGUAUGAAGUUGUGGGUAUGAAAAAACAACAACCAACCAAACAAAACGCACACAACUUCUCCGCUUCCAUAACAGUAUGAUGUCAUUUCUCGAAGAACAACCACUUCCACCCGUCACAGUCGCCACCUUUCUUCUCGCUCGCAGGAAGCCUGAACUCGAGGAAUUGGUGGAGCAACAAGUCUUCUUCCUAUUUUUGCGCGGUCUUGAUGACACUCUGGCUUCUCGCGCGAGCUAAGCACCGCCCCUCCCACGGCGUAAGCACCGCCCGCCCGGUCGCAGUCGAUUUUCUCCUUCGUCGGCUAAGCAAGCGGCAGCUAACUACAUUCGUUGACCGAAAACGAGUGGCUCGAGCGAUUUCGCCAUCCGUCAGCUUUUUUUUUUUUUGGGUUGCUUUCGCUUCUCCGUCGACGGCGAAAAACCGACGCCGAGCCUAAGCGGCGACAUUUCGCCGCAGCUGGAGGCAGCUAGCGCGGUUAGCAUCUCGGCCAGGCGACGCUAGCUGGCCGAAUGGAUGACAGUCGGCUCGCCUAAGCAACCGCGUCUCACGCACCUACUCCACCGGGCGAUGAUUCGUCUAUGACAGCGAAGAGCGAGAGGGCCGCACGUUUUCUCGGGCAAGGUGGGGGCAUCGCGGAUUCCCGUCUCGCCACUUUGGCCGAUCCCAAUCCGGAGCCGCCAGCAUGAUGCCGAUGAUCUUGACGGUGUACCUCAGCGACGGGGAGCAGGCCACGGCGGAGGUGCCCGUCACCCCCGAGACCACGUGCCGCGACGUGGUGGAGUUCUGCAAGGAGCCGGGCGAAAGCGGCUGCCACCUGGCUGAGGUCUGGAGAGGCAACGAGCGAGCCAUCCCCUUUGAGCACCUGAUGUACGAGCAUCUGCAGAAAUGGGGCCCCCGCAAGCAGGAGGUCAAGUUCUUCCUGCGGCACGAAGAAUCCCCGACUGAGAGCGGCGAUCAGGGGAGUCGGCAGUCCCCCCCGGAUCAAGUCGGCGGUCGGAGGAGCGGCAACGCCGGAGAGAAGCCCGACGAGAACGGGGUGGGGAACCAGCGCGCGGAGCUGACGCUUUCCGAGCUGCAGGAGAUGGCCGGCAGGCAGCAGCAGCAGAUCGAGGCCCAGCAGCAGAUGCUCGUCGCCAAGGAGCAGCGUCUGCGCUACCUCAAGCAGCAGGAGCGGCGUCAGCAGCAGACGGCCACCGAGAGCGAGAAGCUGCAGCGGCUGAAGGAGCGCGUGGAGAGCCAGGAAGCCAAGCUCAAGAAGAUCCGGGCCAUGCGGGGCCAGGUGGACUACAGCAAGGUCAUCAACGGCAACCUGUCGGCAGAGAUCGAGCAGGUGAGCGGCCUGUUCCAGGAGAAGCAGGCCGAGCUGCAGGCGGCGGCGCUGCGGGUGGAGCAGCUCAGCUCGCAGCUGGAGGAGCUGCGGCGGGGCAAGCUCAACGGCGUCCCCGCCGCGCCGGGCGGCCAAGUGACCGGCGCCGCCGCCGCCCUGGAGCUGCGGAAGCUUUACCAGGAGCUCCAAAUCCGCAACAAGCUGAACCUGGAGCAGAACGGCAAGCUGCAGCAGCAGAAGGAGCUCCUCAACAAGCGCAACAUGGAGGUGACGCUGAUGGACAAGCGCAUCAGCGAGCUGCGGGAGCGCCUCUACAAGAAAAAAGCCGAGGCACGUCAAAAAGAGAACCUCCCCCUCAACAGGGCCAACAGGCCGCCCUCGCCGCAGCCGGCCGCCGGCACGCCGGGCCGGGUGGCCGCCGUGGGUCCCUACAUCCAAGUUCCCGUGCCGAGCCGGCGGGACGCGGGCUACGCCUCGCCGCCCGAACCGCUCAAGCCGCACGCCCUGGGCGUCAACAACCAAGCCAACCAAGGCUGGGGGGGCAAAUCAGCCGCUGACGGCGGUUGGCCUCCGGCAGCCAAGACGGGCGCGUCCCUGAAACCUCCGGAGCGAAGAGACUCGGAUACGCAGGCUAAGACCUCCGCUUCCGGUGCCGAAAAGGCGCCGGACUCCAAAACGCCGGCCUCGUCCCCUACGGCGGCCAAAGCGCAGCCGCCGCCGUACGGUUCGCACCUCUCUCUGGAGCGCCGCAAGGAUGCGCCUCGCCAGCCCGCAAAGCCGCCGCCGGCCGCUUGGCCCCGCGCGCCGACCGGCGGCGGCGGCUCUUCCUCGCAGCAGAUCCAGCAGCGCAUCUCGGUGCCGCCCAGCCCCACCUUCCAGCACCCCCACGCGCCGCUCUUCCCCGCCGGCACGGGCACGGGGGCCGGCGAGAGGCCGGAGCACCCGCCGGCCGCGGCCGUGCGCCCCUUCGUUCCGGACAGAGGCUCGCGGCCCCAGUCGCCCCGCAAGGGCCCGGCCACCAUGAACUCCAGCUCCAUCUAUCACAUGUACCUCCAGCAGGCGGCGCCAAAGAGUCAGCCACUCAAACCGGCGCUCAAAGCCGUCUACGGGAAGCCCGUCCUCCCUCCCAACUCCACCCCCCCCUCCCCCCUGCCUUUCGUCCCGGCCGGGGGGGCCUUCCCGUUGCCGCCCGGCGGCCCGGAGGACACGCCGGACGGCGACGCGGAAGAUCACCGGGGCCCGCGCCGGACGGAGCCGUCUGCCCCCCCGCCCAGCGUGGAGAACAUCCCCCGGCCGCUCAGCCCCACCAAGCUGACGCCCAUGGUCCACUCGCCCAUGCGCUACCAAAGCGACGCCGACCUGGAGGUCCUCCGCAAAAAGCUGGCCAACGCUCCGAGGCCCCUGAAGAAGCGCAGCUCCAUCACGGAACCCGAGGGCCCCAGCGGACCCAACAUCCAGAAACUUCUCUACCAGAGAUUCAACACUCUCGCCGGGGGCAUGGAGGGAAGCGCCGGCUCGGGCGGCGCGGACGGCGGGACGCCGUUUUAUCAACCCGCGACUCCUCCGGACUCGGCGGGCUGCGACCCGGCCGCGUACGCCGACGGCGGCGACCUUCCCUCGGACAUCUUGCCGCCGCCCGAGUCGGUGGAGCCGGGCUCGGAGGCGUCAUCCAUUGACCCGAACGACGACCGGCCGCCGCCUCCCGAAGGACCUUUGGGCCCUCCUGAAGAGCAAGGACCCGAAGACAACGAUGACGACGACGACGCGGAAAGCGCCGAGGCUCUGUUGCCCAGCCCCGUGCCGGAGGUGACGUCUCCGGAGGAGAGCGGCGUGGCGCUGACCCGCCCGUCGCGCACCAACCUGAAGAAGCCAGAGUCGGAGCGCACCGGCCACGGCUUCCGGGUUAAGUUCAACCCUCUGGCGCUCCUGCUGGACGCGUCGUUGGAGGGAGAAUUUGACCUGGUCCAGAGGAUCAUCUACGAGGUGGAGAAUCCCAGCACGCCCAACGACGAGGGCAUCACCCCGCUGCAUAACGCCGUAUGCGCCGGACACCACCACAUCGUCAAAUUCCUGCUGGAUUUCGGCGUCAACGUCAAUGCGGCCGACAGCGACGGAUGGACUCCGCUCCACUGCGCCGCCUCGUGCAACAGCGUGCACCUGUGCAAGUUGUUGGUGGAGUCGGGGGCCGCCAUCUUUGCCAGCACCAUCAGCGACGUGGAGACGGCCGCGGAUAAGUGCGAGGAGAUGGAGGAGGGCUACGUCCAGUGCUCCCAGUUCCUCUACGGCGUUCAGGAAAAGAUGGGCGUCAUGAACAAGGGCACCGUGUACGCCCUGUGGGCCUACGAGGCUCAGAACCAGGACGAGUUGUCCUUCGGCGAGGGAGACGCCGUCACCAUCCUGCGGCGGCAGGAUGACAGCGAGACGGAGUGGUGGUGGGCGCAGCUGGAGGACACCGAGGGCUACGUGCCGCGCAACCUGCUGGGGCUCUACCCUCGGAUCAAACCUCGCCAGCGCACCUUGGCGUAACGUCACCCUCCUGAAGCAAAGAGCAGAGAACAACUGAGCCUCAUCGAUCUUCUCCCGGUGGCCAUUUUCUUCCCCGGCCCCAUUUGCACACACGCGAGCACACACCCCGUGAUAGACGAGCACUCCAAAAGAGGUGGAAAAUGUCCCGGUCACAUAGAAGCCGCCGCCCCUUUACGUUGCCCCCCUUGCACAGUGCAGCUCUUUAAGGUAACCUUUGUUGCCGCGGAACUUCCUUCUUCUCUUCACCCGUCGUGUGGUCAGUAUGUGUCGACGGAGCAGCGAUAACAAUGUGACAUUUGAUUGCAUUUUUUAAAAGCCCCCCCCGUUCCGUAACGUCGCCAGUCUGUAGUGUGGCCGUGACAACCCGAUCAAUCUCAGGACCAACGCGGUGCUGCUGACGACACUCUCUUGUUCCUAUUUUUAUGCUCACCAAAUCUCCCGGGAGCGACGAACCAAACGUGUCCGCGCAAAGGCUAUUUUAUGAGAGGCCCACCUUACGGGACUUGAGACUCUAUUCGUGCGUUACCUUCCCGUGCAUCUUGUGGUACAUGCGUGUGACAUCCCCCCCCCCCCCACCCCCCAUGUGUGUUUUUAAUUGUGGAGCGAGCCAGUGACCCAGGACCUCGUCUCGGAUUGCAAAACUGUACUUAACCCGAGGACGCGCGUCCUAUGAUUGCGGGUUUGCUGUAAGGACGAAGUGGACUUCCUCUUCCCAUUGCUGUACUCGACACAAUAUACAAAAUCUGUAAAUGUGAACAAUAAAAGUGAAGCUCUGGCAUGA